AAUGUCAAUGUCAAACGAGUUAUUGUGUACAAUUUGAUUAUUAUUAGUUUAUAAGAAUUUUAAUAAUAUUAGAAGAAAAUGUAAUUGAUAAUUGGUAAAUAAAACUAAAAUGUUGGAAGGGUGGUAUUGUCGAUCGAUAGCAGAUGAGGCAGCAGCCGCAGAAGAAGAGGAAAGGAUUUUAGAGGAAUCAAAAUUUAAAAAAGAGUACAAAUAUCUAAAAAGAAAAUUUCAAAAUCUAGUUUUUGAAAAUGAAUCAUUUCAAAAAGCUCUCAGAGCAGCACAGAAAAGGCUUCUUGUGGUUUCUAGAGACAGAGCCUUUUUACUUGACCGUUUACUAAUGCAUGAAAAAGCUGAAAACAGUACUUCAGAAUCUGACGAAACAGAAUCAUCUGAUGAUGGAGAAAUUGCAAAGCCGGAACCAAUAAAAAAACGUAGAGAUAUUAGUUCACAUUCAAAUAUGCAUCAUGUGAAUUCUUCUGGAAAAGUAAUGUCUAUAGUAAAAAAGAAAAGACCUCCUGCACCUAGACCUCCCAAACAUCAAAUACCUCAGACAAUGCAGCUUCAAAUGCCUCCAAGUAGUAGUGCCUUAUCUGAUGGUCAUAUGACUCCUGAAGAAGUUGAAAGACAUUUACAAGCUCAAAGUUUCAUGGAAUUUCUUCCCGAGAGGGCACCUCCAACUGUUCCAACAGAAAUGUUUAGUAACGAGCCAUCAUUAGAUAGCGAAUCUAAUGAUAUCGGGGAACUUGAGACAUCACCAAGCAAUAUGGGCGAAGAGAUAAGUAUUGAUAUGAUUGUAGAGUGAUGAUUUAAAGAAUUAAGUAAUUUGUCAUUUUGUAAUUCUUGUUAAAUAAUUGUAAUUGUGAUUACUAAUAAAUUAUAUUAAAUUGU